UCUCUGAGGCUUCGAGGUUCGAUGGAAUAUUGAAGAGGAGGAGACCAACCAGGAGAUCGAAUAUAAGUAGCCUACAAAUUCCCUGAACAGUCUGCGCGAUCUCCAGCACGAAGUGCGUCACGCACACGCACUCAAAUGGUUUAUUCAACUAUGGAUCAAUUCUGACAUAUCGCACCAGAUUGGAAGUCCACGGUUUAGGGGCGAAGAGUAAUCAACCACGACGGGGAAGAAUGUGAAGCGAAUGAAUUUUUUGUGAACAUCUUUGUUUCAACUCGCUGGUGUAGAACCUGCGAGGAUGUGGAGACGCUUCAAACACACCUGUUUGACAGUCACCACAUAAUGGCUUGUCGGAGUGGCUGCUGCUGCAGCUUCGGUCCACUGAAUGAAGACAACGCGAGAUUCCUUCUGUUGGCAGUGUUAAUAGUUAUUUAUCUUUUGUGCGGCGCCGCUGUCUUUUCAGCCCUGGAGCAUCCGAAAGAGAAACUGGCGAAGGAACGGUGGGUGCAACGGUUUGAGCACUUCAGCCAAAAGUACAACCUAAGUAAGAAGGAGCUGGGCAACUUUUUGAGGAACUAUGAAGAGGCAAAUGUUGCAGGUAUCCGGGUGGACACCACGCGACCGCGGUGGGAUUUCACCGGUGCAUUCUACUUCGUCUGCACGGUGGUGUCAACCAUAGGGUUUGGGAUGACAACCCCUGCCACCAUAGGAGGAAAGGUGUUCCUUAUCUUCUACGGGCUCAUAGGCUGCGCAGCCACCAUUUUGUUCUUCAACCUCUUCCUGGAGCGCGUCAUCACCGUGAUUGCCUUUGUCCUGAAACUCUGCCACGAACACCGCCACCGCCGUAAAGCCGUUCUUCCCCAAAUCGGCCGGCCGCCCCAUGGCUUCGCCCACGGCCACAGCCGCACAGGGCUGGACGGCUCGGCUGGGUGGAAGCCCUCGGUGUACUGCGUGAUGUUGAUCCUGGGCGCGGCGGCCAUCUUGGUGUCCUGUUGCGCCUCGGCCAUGUACUCGUCGGUGGAGGGCUGGGGCUACCUGGACGCCGUCUACUUCUGCUUCGUGGCGUUCAGCACCAUUGGCUUCGGCGACAUGGUGAGCGGUCAGCGCGAGGCCUACGAGUCGCAGGGCGCCUACCGCCUGGGCAACUUCCUCUGCAUCCUCACCGGUGUCUGCUGCAUCUACUCGCUCUUCAACGUCAUCUCCAUCGUCAUCAAGCAGGUGCUCAACUGGCUGCUGUGGAGGCUGAAGGCGCUGUGCAGCCCGGCCGCGUGCCAAGGGACAGCGGCCGUCAUGAGGGGCGCGCACCACUCGCGCCGGAACGCUGUGGGCCCAGGGCGCAGUGGCCCACGUCACCGCGACCCCUCCGUCGACACUGAUGGCGCCAACGAGAGCGAGACGGACGGGCGGCGCAUGUCCGGCGAGAUGAUCUCCAUGAGGGACUUUCUGGCUGCCAACAAGGUCAACCUGGCCAUCAUGCAGAAGCAGCUGUCCGAGAUGGCCAAUGGGCAUCCCCGGCAGACGGGCUCCGGCUCGCGACACAACGGCUUCUCUGGAGGGGUCGGGGCACUCGGCAUCAUGAACAACCGUCUGGCAGAGACCAGUGUGGACCGGUAAACAGGAAUAUAUCUGACAGUUGUUUGAAGUGACCUAUUUGGGUUGAUGUGCUAUCCCGAGAGAGAGCGAAUCCUCACUUGUGUCUAGUGAUUUCUUCCACCCCUCACAACACAGAAAGGAGAAAUGCGUUGCAGAAAUGUGCGACUCCCAAAGCAUUCCCUGCAGUCUCCCUGUGGCUCACACACAAAGCAGAACUUGUUUGCUUUAAUGAAGCCUCGGGUGAGAGCAACAAAGAAAACACCUUUGAGAAAGAGAUAAAUCUGUCUCCAGACAUGGCUUCUUUUUCAUAUGUGUUCUUUUUCAACAUUACAGCUCCAUCACAGAGGUGCCAUUCUCAUUAUACCAUUAUAUGUUCACAUCCUGCAGAAAGACAUCCUCUUCAGACAAUUGCUUUUUCUUUUUCUAGAAUCCAAAAGGGUAGACUUCCAAUGUGUACAAAGGACGAACAGCUCUGAAAUACCACCUGAGGGGAAAAAAGUGGGAUUUAACAAGCCAGAGGCACUUUGAAAUUGUGCAGCACAAGCAAGGCACUUUUAAGAGUAUGAGUCGAGGUUUGGUGUCAGUGUUAUGACAGUCAGUGCUUCGCAUCGGCUUCUAUUUGUAGUACAGACACAAAGAUGUAGAUACGAUACUUCCCUGCGUAGUUGCUAACUCCAACCCCAGGUACGGCCCAUAUGCUACCCACAUCUGGCCCAGAUUCUGCCAUCAGGGGCUUUUUGACCUUCUCCCAGGUGUUCCAGUCUCUCUGUCUACAACCAGGCAGCUCCAAACGAUCAGCUCCGUGAAAGGAUGCCAAGUGGAGAACCGAGAGCUGACUACUCUGUAAUAGAAGCUGUGAGGAUACCUCUGUCUGAGCCAGGUACAGUUUGGCACGUGGCCCCAUUCUUUCCCCAAGGCACAAUGUCACAAGAGCCGUGACGAUCAUGUCUUCCCAACCUCGUCACACACUACCAUUCACACGUUACUGUUAUGAUGAUUGCACAAUGAGUGUUGCACAUGAAUAGGCGAAGAGAUUGCUGAUAUAUUUUUGUACAAAUCAGUAUGCUCUACUGAGGAUUUUAAAUCACAGUAUAUUCUGCCACAAGCUGGGUUUUCUUUUCUGUCUAUAAGGUAUUGUUAACACAGUUCAUUGUAUAUUGCUUUUAGUUGACCUUCAAUCUCCCUGGAACAAUAAAUAAUUCAAAAUAGUUAAGGUAUAACACUAUAUUAUGUGAGGAUUCCUUCAUAACAUUGAUGAAAGGCAGUCAACAUGUAUGAAGCAGUAACUACAAGAGUUAUUGGUUUAUUCAUGUUAUAAUUAUGCAUUGAAUUAUGUUAUUUGGGAAGCUUUUGUAAAUCAUAAUGUAUGAGUGAACUGAAAGAAAACAGG